AUGUCGCGAUUCUUCCGCAGCGGCGAAGACAGCUCCAGCGAGAGCAGCUCCGACGACGAGGAGCUGUACUCCGAGGAGGAGGAAGAGGAGAAGGAGGAGGAGUCCGAAGAAGACGAGGAUGACGACGAAGAGGAUGACGACGACGAAUCCGACAGCGAUGAAGAGGGCGGUAAAAAGUCCGGUGCUGCCCGUUUCUUGCGUGGCGAGUCCUCCGAAAGCGAGGAGAGCGACGAGGAUGUACCCAAAACCGUGAAGAGCGCCAAGGACAAGCGAUACGCCGAGCUCGAGUCGAUAAUCGAUGCUAUCGAGAAGAAGCAGAAAAUCAGUGACUGGGGCGCGGUUUCAACUGAAUUCGACAAGCUCAACAGACAAGUGACCAAGAUGUCUACCGGUGGCCAGACACCGAAGCUCUACAUCAAGGCCAUUGUCGAGCUCGAGGAUGCCAUGAACGAAGCGAUCACGAAGCAGAAGGUUACUCCGAAGAAGAUGAACGCGAUCAGCGCUCGUGGUCUCAACGCCGUCAAACAGAAGAUCAAGAAGCUGAAACAGGACCACCAAACCGAAUUCGACCGGUACAGAGAGGACCCCCUCGAUUUCCUCGCUUCAGAAGAUGAGGAGGAGGCACCACCUCCGAAACCGAAGAAGUCCAAGGCCGAAAUCUACACCGAGCAGGUCGAGCAGGAUGACGCCGGUUUCGCGACCGUCGGUAAGGGUGGCCGAACACUCCAGUUUACCCCCGAGAGCAUUUUCAAGCACCUGCGAGGCAUAAUCGAGACUCGUGGCAAGAAGAACACGGACCGGAAUGAGCAAAUCAAGAUUAUGGAGGAACUCUACAAGAUUGCCAACACUCCAUACCAGCAGAUCAGAGUUCUCUUGACUAUCGUAUCGUCAAGAUUCGACCUUGGAACUGGUACCUCAUCAACCAUGCCCCUCGAGCAUUGGAAGGCUGCCGAGAAAGAGUUGGCUACCUUAUUCGAGGUGCUUCAGACGAACCCAGAUUACGUUGUCAUCGAGAAUGCCGAUGAGUGGGAGGACGAUGAUAAGCCGCCCACUUUACAGGAAGGCGAGAAGUACAUCAAGAUUUCCGGAAGCGUUGUGUCUCUCAUCGAGCGGCUGGAUGAUGAAUUGACUCGAUCUUUGCAAGCAAUCGACCCCCAUACUUCGGAGUAUAUCGAGCGCCUGACUGACGAGAGCUCUUUGUACAACGUCAUCUUCCGUGGUCUUCUUUACUACGAGACCCUUGGCAAGGACUCGUCUCUGCAGAUUCCCCAAGACAGUCUCAACCGGGUCGUCAUGCGGAGAUUGGAGCACGUCUACUUCAAGCCGGCACAGGUCGUCAAGACCCUUGAGGAGAACGCCUGGAAACCAGUACCCGAAGGUGUCGAAUCUGUGAUUACUCCUAGGGGCAGUAUCACCGACGCCACCGAGCUCCUGAACGUUCUUUGCACCUACCUGUUCGCCAACAGCGAGGGUAUUAUUCGCGCCCGCGCUAUGCUCUGCCAGAUCUACUUCCUUGCACUCCAUGACGAGUACUACAAAGCUCGCGACAUGAUGCUCAUGUCGCAUUUGCAGGAGACCAUCAACAGCUUCGAUGUCUUGACGCAAAUUCUCUACAACCGAACGCUCGUACAAGUCGGACUUUGCGCAUUCCGCAAGGGUCUGGUGUACGAAGCGCAGAACACACUGCAGGAAAUCUGCGGCAGUGGUCGGCAAAAGGAGCUGCUGGCUCAGGGUGUCAUGAUCCAGCGAUUCUCACAAGUUUCGCCCGAGCAAGAGAGAUUAGAGAAGCAGAGACAAUUACCCUUUCACAUGCAUAUCAACCUCGAGCUUCUGGAGUGUGUCUACCUGACUUGCAGCAUGCUUCUCGAGAUUCCCCUACUCGCCCAGACCGGUUCCUCUCCUGAUAUCAAGAAGCGAGUCAUCAGCAAGACCUACCGCCGCAUGCUGGAGUACCACGAGCGACAGAUCUUCACUGGCCCUCCAGAGAAUACCCGUGACCACGUCAUGCAGGCAUCUCGUGCUUUAGCAGCCGGCGAAUGGAAGAAGGCCACCACCUUUAUCCACAACAUCAAGAUCUGGGAAUUGAUGCCGAACACGGAGGAAAUCAAGCACAUGCUCUCAAAGCAGAUCCAAGAGGAAGGUCUCAGGACAUACCUUUUCACGUAUGCGCCAUUCUACGACACGCUUGCUGUCUCCACCCUCGCAUCCAUGUUCGAGCUUGAGGACCGAAAGGUGGCGGCUAUCAUCAGCAAGAUGAUCAGUCACGAGGAGCUGGCGGCUGCUCUUGACCAGGUCACAUAUACCGUCAUCUUCCGGAAGGGUGUUGAGCUCUCUCGGCUCCAGAGCCUGGCGCUCACAUUAUCAGACAAGGCUGCCGCCCUCAUCGAGACCAACGAGCGGACACUCGAACACCGAACACAAGGCACCGCCAACGCUUUCGACCGGAAAGGUGGACAGAACCAGCGCGGUGGCCGAGGCGGACGGGGUGGUGGUCGUGGCGGUGGUCGCGGCGGUGGACAGGGCCCGCGUCAAGCCGGUGGCACGCAAUUUACUGGAGGUGUGCUCGGCGGCGCUGUUCGAGGUUAG